CGCGGAAGUUACCAUGCAGUAAAGUCAAGUAGAGCGACUCAUGUUUUGGACAUCAAACGACCGUUACCCGUGAAAAAGUCUCAAGAGAUGUAACCCAGUAUAUUUUUAAAAGAGAUCGGGAUGACCCUAAGUUACUAACACAAUGGCAACACCAGCUAUUCGGAUGUUUCGGAGGUUAGAGGGUCUGUUCUGUGUGUACAAACCCUCUGGUGUACACUGGAAACUCGUGAGGGACACCAUUGAGACAAAUCUUCUGAAAGGUGUAAAUGCUACACCGUCCCAGCCACUUCCUCAGGAGGUCCGCUUCUUGGCACAGCCAGUCAGUGAGACUGAAGGACCCAAGGGACUCACACUGUGUGCAACCUCUGUGCCAGUACUGUCCAAACACCCUCUGGUGACUGGACCUGAAUUCCAGCACAUUAGAGUUGGAGUAGGACAUCGCCUGGAUGCGUUCUCCUCUGGUGUUCUCGUUCUGGCUGUUGGGAAUGGAAACAGAGCCUUGAAUGAUUUCUACAGAACACGAGUCACGAGGGAUUACACAGUGGAGGGUGAAUUUGGGACUGCAACAAGUGAUUUCUCUCACACAGGCAAAGUUGUGGAAAGAUCCACGUACGGUCACAUCACGCAGGACAAACUGGAGAAAGUCUUGGCGAUUCUGCAGGGAGCCAAUCAAAAGGCCUUGUUAAUGUAUUCCAACGUAGACAUGCGCUCUCAGGAGGCCUAUGAGAUGGCUGUGCAGGGGUUACUGGGUCCAGACGGGAAAUCACAGCCUAUUUUGACAGGCCUGCGCUGCGUUCGCUUCCAGCCGCCCAACUUCACUUUGGAGGUGCAGUGUCUAAAUGAAACUCAGAAAUAUUUGCGCAAAGUUGUGCAUGAAAUCGGACUUGAGCUGCGCAGCACAGCGGCAUGCAAGGGAGUGAGGCGGACCCGAGACGGCUCCUUCACCCUGCAGGAUGCCCUCACCCAUCACCACUGGACUGCUCCUGAUGUUAUGCAGGCCAUCAGACAGUACCACUCCAAUAAGAAAACUAAAAAGUAUUCCUACACGCAGAUCAAGGACUCAGCAUCACAACCGCCAGAGGAGAGUGCAGCGACAACAAAUGAAACCAGUGACGAAACGGCAGUUGGUAGGAUUUAAUAACUUGUUGCUGUGAGCAGAUGUUGAAACAGGUGUUUCUGUGAGCCUGAACGUCAGUUGGAAAAGAUGUGAGAGACCUGAGGUUCUGGUUCCUGAAGGAGAAAUGAUCAGAGUGGACAAGCUUCUUUACAUUAUGCUUCUGUUUUAUAGGGAAACUUCUCUCCAUCUACAUAGAGACCUGCUGAAUCUCAUAUAUGAAUGUUUCAAUGUUUUCGCCUUUGUUAAAUGUUGUGUAGGUGAUAUUAACUUAUUCUCCAAAUCUUAAUAUUUUUCAUGAAAUAAAAAAAGAAUUUGAACA